CCCAAAGCUCCCUUGCACUGCCACACGCUAAUAACACGCACUCUGUAGACGUGCAUCAACGACCUAGCUAGCUAGCUACGUACGCAGCCAUGGCGAAGAAAGUGGAACUGAUCGUUGCGCUUCUGGCCCUGAACCUUCUCUUCUUCACCUUCUCCGAUGCCAGCAGACGCUCCUACCCUCCAGCAGCCGGGGGAGGGGGCGGCGGCGGUGGGGGGAACGGAGGCGGUGGCGGCGGCAAUUGCGGAGGCGGAAACUGUGGUGGCGGCGGCAGCGGCAAUUGUGGCGGCACUGGAAACGGUGGCGGCGGCACUUGUGGAGGCGGAAACUGCGGAAACUGUGGUGGGGGCGGAAACGGUGGCGGAGGUAACAACGGUGGAGGGGGCAACGGAGGCAACAGUAGUAGUUGCCCGAUCGACGCGCUGAAGCUGGGGGUGUGCGCGAACUUGCUCAACGGGCUGCUCAACCUGCAGCUGGGGACGCCGCCGGCGCUGCCGUGCUGCUCGGUCAUCAGGGGCCUGCUGGACCUGGAGGCGGCCGUGUGCCUCUGCACGGCGCUGCGCGCCAACAUCCUGGGCAUCAUCAACCUCAACAUCCCCAUCGACCUCAGCCUCCUCAUCAACUACUGCGGUGGGACCGUCCCCUCCGGCUUCCAGUGCAACUGAUCAAACCAUCAGUACGGUCGUACCUACUUGUUUAAUCAUUUGCUGGUUUUCUCUUUGUGAUUGAAUCAAUUGAGGAGAGGAUACGACUUCUCCAGUUCUAAGUACUAUACGUACGCGCGUACGUACGGUUUCGGUGUGUGAGAUAUGUUAUUGUACAUUUGUAUUUCACAUAUAUGUUUGUGAGUUGUGAGCUUGGUUUAUAUAUGUACUACACGUGUGGUGUUGUUCUUGUGUACUGCUCGCAUGCUGUCUUCGAUUUGAAUAAAGGAGCUUUGUCAAUUUCAUGAUUUUCA